CUGUCUCUCUGUCUGUCUCUACCUGCCUCCCCCCUCCCUCCAUCCCUCCCUCGUCCCUCUCCUCCCCCCUCUCGGUGCGGACAUGCUCCCGGGGCUCCGGAGAUGAGGCUCCGAAAUGUCUCCUUCUUGACGGUCUUGUUGUUUGGGCUGUGCGGGCUGGUCUCCCUGUCCUGGUACACCGCCUUCAGCAGCUCCAGAGGAGAUGUGGUGGAUAUUUAUCAGAGGGAGUUCCUGGCGUUGAGGGAGCGCCUCCACUCAGCCGAGCAGGAGAAUCUGCGGCGCUCCAAAGAGCUGAAUCUGGUCCUGGAGGAGAUUAAGAGGGCCAUCGCUGAGAAACAGGCGCUCAGAGACAUCAACCGCACCUGGAGCAGCCUCUCCGAGGAGACGAGGCUGAAGCUGUGGAAUGUGAGCAGCAGUAAAAACGUCCUGCAGCUCCCCUCCAUCUUCCAUCAUCUUCCUCACCUGCUGAACAGAGAGGACAGCCUGCAGCCCGCCGUGCACCUGGGACAGGGACGCACCGGAGUCUCCAUCGUGAUGGGGGUUCCCAGUGUGAAGAGGGAGGUCCACUCGUACCUGACCGACACACUCAGCUCUCUGAUGUCAGAGCUCAGUCCCGCCGAGAAAGAAGACUGCGUCAUCGUCGUCCUCAUUGCAGAGGCUGACCAGCAGUAUGCCAGCAGUGUAGCAGACAACCUGAAGCGCCUUUUUCCAGCAGAGAUUCAGUCGGGUCUGUUGGAGGUCGUCUCCCCGUCCGUCCACUUCUACCCCGACUUCUCUCGACUCCGAGAGUCCUUUGGAGACCCGAAGGAGAGAGUCAGGUGGAGGACGAAGCAGAACCUGGACUACUGUUUCCUGAUGAUGUACGCUCAGUCUAAAGGAACUUACUACGUCCAGCUGGAGGAUGAUAUCGUUGCCCGUCCGAACUACUUCACCACCAUGAAGAACUUCGCACUGCAGCAGCCGUCGGAGGAAUGGAUGAUCCUCGAGUUUUCUCAGCUCGGCUUCAUCGGUAAGAUGUUCAAGUCUCUGGACCUGUCACUCAUCGUGGAGUUCAUGCUGAUGUUCUACAAAGACAAACCCAUCGACUGGCUGCUGGACCACAUCAUGUGGGUCAAAGUGUGCAACCCAGAGAAGGACGCGAAACACUGCGACAGGCAGAAAGCAAACCUGAGGAUUCGGUUCAAACCGUCUCUCUUCCAACAUGUCGGCACCCACUCGUCUCUGGCUGGAAAAAUACAGAAACUCAAGGAUAAGGACUUUGGGAAACAGACCCUCCAUAAGGGUCACGCCAACCCGCUGGCGGAGGUGACGACCAGCCUGAAGACCUACCAGCACUUCACCCUGGAGAAAGCCUACCUGGGGGAGGACUUCUUCUGGGCCUUCACCCCCGUAGCGGGGGACUUCAUACGGAUACGAUUCUUCACACCUGUUCGCAUCGAGAGGUAUUUCUUUCGGAGCGGGAACAUUGAACAUCCGGGAGACAAACUCUUCAACACAUCGGUGGAGGUUCUGCCGUUCGACAAUAUUCAGGCAGAGAAAGAGGCGUUGACAGAAGGGAGAGAGAAAACACCAAAGUACCAUCGGACAGAAGACGGAUUCAUCAGGAUAGGAACGUUCAAGAACGGGAUCGCAGAGGGGGAGGUGGACCCCACCUUCGGGCCCCUGGAGGCCAUGCGCCUCUCAGUGUUGACGGACUCGCCGGUCUGGGUGAUCCUCAGCGAGAUCUUCAUAAAGAAAGCAGAGUGAAGCCCCUCUCCCCCCUCAGUGAUACCUCAACACCUCCGAGCGUUCAGCCGAGCUGACCGGAGGCUCGUCAGCUGCCGUCCUGCUCCAGUCCUGCUCACCAGAUUCACACCGCGGUGCCACAGCGCCGCCGUCUGGCUGGACCUCGCCACUGCAGGGCUGAACAGAUGAGAGACUGAAACACAGAUCACACAGACAGACAGGCAGGGGUCUCCUGGGUUUGCACAACACGACAUGCAAAAAGAGAAGAUGCUCUCAGAUGAUGCUGUAAUUAAGAAUCUGUAUUUAUGUGUACAUACAAGAAGGUAGAUGUUGAAAACACUGGUAAUUGUCGAGGCGGUGGCGACCGCGCCGCGUCCACUGAAACUGCUGCUUCAAAAUCAAAGACUCAAAGGCCUCUUUCUAUCUGCAGACGGUCGGUCCGGACCUUUCUACCAACACUAUCCCACCAGUAUACCCCCCCACAGUAACCAUGUAUGUGCAUAUAUGCAUAGAGAUGUACACACUAUCAUAUGAAUGCCCUCUCAGUGUGUUGAUAUGUGUCUGUAGUUGCUGGUCGGGGUUCAGACCGUUUCCCUCCAUCUGAGAGCGAUUUGCCUUAACAAAGACGAACAGCAGAUUUACUUCAAACAGAAACGAGCCCCGGACUGAUGAAAUGUAGCCACAAUAAGUACCCAGAAUCCUUUGCUGCAACCUUGGACCUUCUCUCAUCUUUGUGGUUUGAAACUACUGACGACAGCUGGUAUCUUACUUUUUUAACAAAGUCUUUUAAAGUUGUUUAAUUUUGAGUUUACUGAGGCCUUGUUACUGUCCACUGCUCUUUCACAGUACUCUGUUGUAGGUUACAGUACUCUACUGUACUGUACAGUACUUCACAGUACUCUGCUGUAGGUUACAGUGCUGUAACAUACUCUACAGUAUUGUGACAUACUGUACAGUACUCUAAUGUACCCACAGUACUCUAGUUUCCUCUGCUGUGCUCUGCAGCACUUUAAGGUACUUUACAAUACUGUGACAUACUCUGCAGUACUCUGACGUACCUUACAGUACUCUAAUGUACUUUGCAGUACUUCACAGUAAUCUGCUGUACUUCAGAGAGCUGUAACAUACUAUACAGUACUCUAAUGUACUCUACAGUAUGCUAGUUUCCUCUGCUGUGCUCUGCAGUACUCUAAAGUACAUUACAGUACUUUACAGUACUCUGAUGUACUUUACAGUGCUAUGACAUACUCUACAGUACUCUCGUUUCCUCUGCUGUGCUCUGUUAACUUUACUGUACUGUAGUUUUUCAGUCCAGUGCAACAACAGAGAUUCACAUAUUUUCUUUUUUUCCAUUUUCAGUCUCUCAUUGACACUUUUGGUAAUAAAUACUAUAAAUUAUAAAAUACGUCAGACGGUUUAAUUUUCAUUUCUCUGUAAAGACAGUGUCUUGUCUUGUCAUAUUAAUAUCAUCUGCUUCAGUCCACGUCUCCUGAUACUCCCUCAGAUUAUUAAUCUGUGCCCUUUUCACACUUGGUUUGUUCCCUCGGUUCAAUAAUUGGUGCCCUGAAAUUAUGUAAAUAAUUCAAAAUGAUAAGUCCACAGGUCCUCGUCCUUGUGUUGCUAUUACGAUCGUGUGCAGAGAGAUGAUUAACCAGGUUUCAUAUCCUAUAGAAAAACCAGGAUAAGACUCAAAAUCAGGAAACUAGUGUGCAUAUAAAUGCACUCAUAUAUUCAACAUGCAAGAAGGACCUGCUUCAAACUGAAAUGUAGCCAGUUAAGCCAGGUUUUUUUUGUGAAUUUCCCCUCAAAAUACAUUCACUUUCAACUAAAUUUAGCCCAAGAAAUACUGCCACCUUCAAAUCAACAAUUCAUUGUUGUGUUCUCAGCUCUGAAAACGCACCGAUUAUUAAUUUAAGGGAACAAACAAAGUGAGUCAAGAGGACAAAAUUACUCUUUUAAAGGAUCGAUUUAGUAAAACAUUUCCCCCCCAGCACCUCCCAGAGUCAGAAACUCAAAACUGGACUUCAUUCAUUCAUUCGGGUUCAGAUGGACAACAGACCGAACAGAAGUUUUCAUUUAGUUCAGAUUUGAAGUGAACAGAGCGUCUUCAAGCGUCAGGAAACAUCCCGAGUUUUCUUUUCUUUGUAAGAUGCACUGGAAUGCAUUGCUAUAAUCUUGUGUUUGUCUUUUGUAUCCUUUAGAUAAACUCUAUUUAAAUGAUCUUAAACUUCUAUCCAAUCUGUGACUUGUAAUAAAGACAGAAAUUUAAAUGA